AUGGAGGAUUUAGUUUAUGCUAGCAAAGACCACAGCCAACGGGCUUGGCUAAAAACGCUUCAAGGUCUGGCUCAAGGCAUCCAAUGUUUUGGCGGUGAAAUACCAUUUUAUUUCUGUUCCGGUUGGAUAAUCAGGAAGAUGGGUCACAUUAACUGCAUGGCCAUAGUGAUGGGAGCCAUGGCUAUCCGGUUGUAUCUUUACACAGUCAUCUGGAAUCCAGCUUGGAUCAUUGCAAUAGAGCUAUUGAAUGGCGUGUCGUAUGCAUUGGGAACGUCGGUGAAAAUGUCAUACGUGAAAAUUAUGUCACCCGAGGACUCCACGAACACUGUAAUCGGGAUAUUAGUACUUUUCGAUGGCAUUGGUGAAUCUUUAGGUAGUCUACUGGGCGGAUUUUUAUUCGGAUCAUACGGUGGAGUGUGGUCGUUUCGAUUUUUCGCCUACAGCUCUGCUUUGAUGUGCUUUUUAAACAUACUAAGCAAUCGUUUUGGGUUGACUAAAGAUUUGAUGAAUAAUAAUUUUGUCGCAGUGCCUAUGACAGAAAAUAAUCAGAAAAGUGACGACGCUGAUAUCAAAAUUUAA